AGAAAAGUCUAACCUGUUCUUUUUUCGAGGCAGUUUUGGCGAAAAGGAACUGGUACAGCACCAACUGGGGAAAAUGGACUGUUGAAGGAUUUGCCGUAUGAGAUUUUCCACAUCUUGUUAUAUCAUUGCUGAAAAUACUUCGUAAUUGAAGACAUUCUGGAAGAUACAGGACUGAUUUACGAGUAGGCAUCCGGAAAACUACUGUGCUGACUAACAGGAAGAGACAUUUGGUAACACACUAGAUCUUCUACUUUCAAAAGUACCCCCAAUCUGAUGUGAAUUAAGAAAUGGUUAAGAAGGAGUGGAGCAUUAAAAAGAAGUUACAGUUUCUGCAUUAGAAGGCUGUUUUAUUUUGUGAUAUGUUUCGAUGCCAAGGAAACGCAAACAGGAUGACGGCGUCAAGCUUUGUGUCAGUUAACAAAUUGUCUCUCGUACUUGGGGCUGUCUUGAUUUGCGCCAUCUUUACGCUGGUUGUGCACAUGGCCACUGUGACGCAAUUUAGCGUGCUACCUUCAGAUUCACGGUGCAUCCAGGGUGCCAGUACUGCACAGAAUGCCACUGUGAAAUACAGGGAAUUAAUUCCUAGUCAAAACAAAAAUGUUCCACAGGAAUGGCGGGAAAAGAUGCGCAGACGCACUCAGCACGUUAGGAACACGUGCAAGAAGUAUCAUCUGCAACGAGACUUCAAUGACAACAUGAUUGGCCAGUUUUAUGUGGAAGAUCGUAGCCGAAUUGUCUUUUGCUCCAUACCCAAAGUCGGUUGCAGUAAUUGGAAGAGGAUAAUCCUAGUACUGUCUGCUAAUGUAAAUAAAACUGAUCUAAGAAGCUUGGUUCAGUUUGAGCUCCACCACGGUAGCAUACAAUAUCGACUGCAGCUCCUUUCCUCAUUCACAAAAUUCGGGGUUCGUUUUCGUUUAAAACAUUACUUGAAGUUCAUGUUUGUGCGCCACCCCUUGGAGAGAAUACUGUCCGCUUAUCGAGACAAACUGGAGACUGGUGAUAACGUAUAUUACAUGAGAUCUGUUGGCAAGCAGAUUGUGAAAAAUUUCAAGGCGAACGCUUCCAAAGCGGAAUUGGAAACAGGGUCCAAUGUUACUUUUACAGAAUUUUUGAAAUUCAUUCUUUCUGAGCAUAGGAAAAACAUUCAGCUCGAUGUUCAUUGGAGACCGUAUAUGGAGCUGGCUUACCCUUGUGCAAUACCGUAUGACAUCAUCGGAAAAUACGAAACCAUUGAAGAAGACGCCAAUAACAUUCUGCGUCUCAUAUCGGCAGAUCACGUGGUCAGGUAUCCGCCCUCCGAGCAGACGUCAAAAACUAGUGACCUAGUGAAGCGAUACUACGAAAAAAUUGAUAAAAAGUUGCUGCAAGAGGUGUGGGCCAUAUACGCAAGAGAUGCUGAGUUGUUCGAUUAUAAGCUGGAUAAAUUUUUGUAAAUUAGUUUAUUUUCAUUAAUAAAUGCGCAUUGGC